CACGAAUUAAGGUGAAACGAGAGUUAAAUAAAAAUUUUGCUUGACAUUUGAAAAUGAUAAUUUCUUAUAAAUAUCAAAUUUACAGACUCUGGAUCGCGACCCAUAAAAAAAAUAUUUUCAGAGUAAUGCGAAAGUACAAUAAUAAUCAAAUCAUGACACAUUUUAAAAUCUGGUGAUCAAACAUUUGUCUGCCAUCCUCGCAUCUCCUCUGACUCAAUGCCCUCCGGGAGUUAUUCCAUUCUUGUCUUCUUGUUACCUACGUAUAGUCAACGAAAAAUACAAACUACACGCUCAGCGAAACCGCUGAGUGGUACCACGCUAGAAUUGUAGAAUAAUUCACAGACAUAUACAUAUACAUAUAUAUAUAUAUAUAUAUAUAUCCACAAAAAUGUAUAACAAUAUUCAUGAUAUGGCACAUUAUAUCAUAUGGUCAAUUUGAUGAAUCAUGAUGAUAAAUAUUUAAUGAUAAUUACAUGAUGGUACAUUUAAUCAAUGUGAUUGUCCUUGAUGAUGAUUACAUGACACCUAUGUAAUCAAUAUAAUCGUUCUUGAUGAUGAUUACACGAUACCUAUGUAAUCAAUAUAAUUGUACCUGAUGAUGAUAACAUGAUGCAUGAUCCUAUAACCCGCAAGGAACGACCUUGCACUAUGAGAUUCGCCCAUUAGGUACGACGAACUCAUGCCACCUUAGUCUCACAAGGGAGAUUAGAAAAAUAGGGGUGGUACUCGAAAGCCUGAAUACCAUGUACGUACACUAAGCCCGGUCAGUGAUGUCGGACUGCUAAGUCCCGCACAAUCACAGCUAUAAGAGACGCAAUUACGCAUGAUCUCUUACGCAUGCAUAUGAUAUGAUAUGCUACAAUAUGUGUGAUGAUAUGAGUCAUAUGAUAUGAGCAAUUUGUAAAUAAUAUGAAUGGAUAAAUAUACUUUAUUUUAUUUGGGUGAGAUCUGAUAAAAUAUCAUUUAAUUAAGCUACGGGGCUCGGAACGGUCGACCGUUUGGCGCGACGGUCGACCUCGACCUUCAUUACGUCGGGCUGGCGGAACACCGUGACGGUCGACCGCGGUUGACCGGCGGUCGACCGUUGUUGACUGGAGGUGGACGGCGGUCCUUGGCUGGGCAGGCGGCGGUCGACCGUCAGCCGUCGGCGGUUGACUGUUUGGCUGACAGUCCUGGUUCGUCUCAAAGUUUAACGCGACGGUCGACCGUUUGCAUCGACCGUUUGGGUCUGCGAAUCUUUCUCUUGAUAUUAUGAGUGUCCAAAAUACUUCUUUAAGUAUUUUAAACACAUUUGAUUAAUAUAUACAUAUUGUUGGGUUGAUUUCAAUGUUUGUAUAUACUUAUGUAUAUAUAUAAUAACUUAUGGAUUUGAUGUAUUUUGGUCUUAACACGAAGAUGACUUAUAUAUGUAUCACAUAUUUAUUUCGGGAUGAUUUCAACAUAUGGAUUAACAUAUAUGUUCAUGUACGUAUGUGAUGAAUGAUUCAAUAAGUCUAACGCAAAGGUACAGACCUGGAAAUCAUUGGCCGAAAGCUUACGGAUGAGCGGGAGUGGAAACAACAUCGAAAUUCAGCAACUUUGUCAUUCCCGUCACAAUUGGACAGCCUGCGGUAUUUUGAGCAUAUCUCCAUCGUUUCUUCACUGUUAGACAAUAAUAUUAAGUAUUCCUAGUUAUGGUAGAAGUGGUAUGUUAGUUAGUUUCCAUUCUCUAUUCCUAGUUGUGUUAGGAGUCUCUACUAUAUAUACUCUAUCAUGUACUCCAUAAUUCAAUGAGCAAUAUUAUUAUUCCAAUAUUCCAACAUGGUAUCAGAGCCACCGCUCUUGGUGACCUAAAAAAAAGAUCUUUGCUCCCACCGCCGCCGCCGGUAAUUCUGGCGACGGUGGCUCCACCCUAUUCACCUCUAUUUUCUUUUCCUUCUUUAUCCUCAAAUCAACUUCUCCACUCAAAUGAAAAAAAGAAGAAAAAAACCCUUGUUGAAAUCAUACAAAAAAAAAAACUAUCAAAGAAGGAACUUCUCUUUUGUCAUCUUCAUGGUUCUUCAAAAAAAAAUCCAACUCCUCACAAACUCUCUCAGAUCGUCCUAUCUUCUCAAAAAAAAGGAAAAACAAAAACUAUUGUUGUUUCUCUCUAAUUCACUGUAUCAAAAUCUAAGACCCAAAUUCUUUUUCCAUCACAAUUCUUAACCCACUGCACUUUUUUCUCUCUCAAAUCACUCAUUCUAAUCAUCAGUCUCCCUUCUUUUUUCUCUUCUGUUCAACCAACAAAAAUUCAAAGUAAAUCACCACAAAAGCAAAGGCAAGAGGGGAAGAAGUGAAAGAGGAAAUAAGACCUCUACAACUCACCCCUUCAAGAAGGAAAUAGGGCAUUGCCCGGAUCUAAGAAAAAGACAAAAAAAACGUCAAUGAUCUUCAGUCAAACAGGCACUGCACCUCCUGUAGUCUUCAUCGACGUCAGCAGCUACUAGCGCACGUCAACCUUCUCUAUUCUUCUUCGGCGUCAGCAGCUACAAGUGCACGUCAACCUUCUCUCUUCUUCAUCGACGUCAGCAGCUACUAGCGCACGCCAAUUUCUCUCUUCUCCAACGACGUUAGCAGCUACCAGUGCAUGUCAGACUUCUAGCUCCCUUCUCCAACGACGCCAGCAGCCACCGGUGCGUGUCAAACUUUUCUCUUCUCCAACGACGUGAGCAGCCACCGGCGCAUGUCAGACUUCUCUCUUCUCAAAGUUUCCAAUUUCCAACUAGUGUCCAAGCUUCCUCUUGCUUCAGCCAGAGUUCAGCUUGAGGGGGGAUGUUAGACAAUAAUAUUAAGUAUUCCUAGUUAUGGUAGAAGUGGUAUGUUAGUUAGUUUCCAUUCUCUACUCCUAGUUGUGUUAGGAGUCUCUACUAUAUAUACUCUAUCAUGUACUCCAUAAUUCAAUGAGCAAUAUUAUUAUUCCAAUAUUCCAACAUUCACGAAAUUGCAAACCGUUUGAUUCUAUGGGUUCCUAAGAUGUAAGGCUAUAACUUUUGUAUCGAAAGUAUUUCGAAUUAAGAGGUGUAAAAUAGCGUAAAUUGGACUUGAAGUCAAGGGAUAGUUGCUGUCCAGGAUUUUGUAUAUGUCGAUGAACAAUGAUUCCGACGAUUAACUCCUUUAUUUCAAUAUUCCAACACCGAAUCUUCUCUACGAUACCUUCCGGAUGUUCCUAAUAAUCGUUAGAGAGUUUAUGGUAAGUAUUUGGAAUGAAACAACAUGAAUAUGGUGAGGAAACAUAGCCAAUCCCGAGGAGCUCGCCACCACUGGCACAGUCCCGGUAUUUUGGCCAUAUCUUCUUCGUUACUUAACGAAAUCGCAAGCCGUUUGUUGGGCUGGAUUCGUAUCGUCCGGGGCUAAAACUUUGGUUCAAGAAGUAUUUCGAUAUAAUGGAUGGAAAAUUUUAGUUUUUACCUCAAAGUGGACUGAUGUGUUUUGGACUCAAGGUUUGGAAACUUUGGAUGGUUUCUUGCUUGCUUCUUCUUCUUCCUUGAGCCAAGUACGGAGGAGGAGUUGUGUUUUCUUCUCUCCUUGAAGCUGCCGACAGAGAGAGAAUGGAGAGGGAUGGAUGGAUGAAUGAAUGAUGGUGGAUGAU